UUGGGUCAAAAUAACAAACACGUCGUCUGCAAGCAGACUCUGUUCAGAAAGGCCAUGGAAAUCCAAGAAAACCAGCAAGCAGUAGACAUUUCUAAGCCUCCGUAUCUACAUCUGAUUUCCGCGUUUCUUGCAAUGGAACCCCCUGGCGUCCUAAUCUCCUUGGCAAGGAAGUGUGGUGGUGGUUUGAUUGGGGAAAGAAUACAGGGCUUCAUUUGGAACAAUUAUAUUAACACUACAGUAGGGGAUGGUGGUUGCCAGCAGGGGCCUUACUUGAAAAGGGUUUUAAAGAAGCUAAUUGGCGAAAUUGAGUCAGAUGGAGGUGUUGUGUUGGAUGAAUUAUAUGAGCAUUAUGCUUUUAUCAUGACUUCUUUAAAGGGUGACAACUUUUCAGGAGGGAACUCAAGGGUUUUGAAAAGAAUUUCAUUUCUUUUUCCUGAUGAAUGCUGUGAACUUUCAAGUUGUCCGAAAUCUAAGAAGUUGGAAGUGUCACUUCAUUGUUCAGUGAACAUGCUUGAAGGAGAUACAGGGUGUUCAAUCUGGCCCUCAAGUCUUUUCCUCUCAGAGUUUAUACUUUCUUUCCCAAACAUAUUUUCCAAUAGAUCUUGUUUUGAGGUUGGUUCAGGUGUAGGUUUGGUUGGUAUAUGUUUGGCCCACGUGAAAGCUUCUGCUGUGGUUUUGAGUGAUGGCGACCUGUCCACUUUAUCCAAUAUGAGGCUUAAUUUGGAGUCAAAUCUGCUCAGCACAAGAAUUGAUGUACCAGAAUGCAAAAAAGAUGCAAGUACAGUGCAGUGUUUUCAUUUACCAUGGGAAUCUGCAACAGAAAUUGAGCUGCAAAACUUUGCACCAGACAUAAUUGUGGGUGCAGAUGUCAUUUAUGACCCAUUAUACCUUCCCCAUCUUGUUCGAGUCCUGACUGUUCUUCUGAAACGUGGAACAUCAUUCCCUAAUCAUGGAAGUGUUCGCUGUGAGGGAUGUCAACCGGAUUCUGAAUGUAUCAGAAGUGAAGUUCAACAUGCGGAUUUUGAGUUUGAUAGCAGCAAAGGAAAAGCCGAGAGUUGCAGUGCUCCAUGUGUUGAGGAAAAAGAUGAUGCGUUGGAGAGACGCCCUGUAGCAUAUAUUGCGUCUGUGAUUCGUAACAUUGAGACAUUCAAUUACUUUCUUGAGCUAAUGAAGGAGGUAAACCUUACUGUCGCCGACAUUACUGAGAAUUCGAAGCCAUUUGAUUUGCUUCCCUAUGCAAAAUCAUAUCAGCGAUCCACCAUACGGAUUUUUAGCAUUUCAUACAAUUAACUAGUGCCAAGUGCCAAGUUUUUGUUCUCCAUGCAGAGAUACCCUCUCUGGUGCCAGAUUGGUGUAUCAAUUUUGUAUCAGACGUUGCAGAUAGUAAUCUAGUAAUUAUUUGGGUAAAUUACUAGUAACCCACUGUGAUUUUGCAUAUUAUCACAACCUUUUAAGAUAUUUUCAUAUCUUCCCUGUGAUUUGAUAUGAAGUCUAAAGUGAAUGUAAAGUACUUCCGUUCAAUUGACCUCCAAAAACGUGUGUGAUAAAACACUAUAAAAUCUAUUCCAACUUCCCUGUGGUUUUGCAUA